AUGGCGACUGUAAAACCACGUGCUGAGAUGUCUCAGGAAGAACUGGAUGCUCUAGAACAGGAGGAAUUCAAAAUUGGCCCUCUAUCCGUGCUCCUUCACUCGGUAAAAGACAACGGACAAGUGCUCAUCAACUGCCGAAACAACAGAAAAUUGUUGGGAAGAGUCAAGGCUUUUGACCGGUAAGAGUUUAAAUAUUUUUGUCUUGAGUUUAGGGAAUCUGGAGGGGGUAUAAUUUGGUCUAGAAGCUAUUGGUUUUGGUCAAUUGGAGCUGUUGAAGGAAAUUACCUUGUGGUAGCUUUGUAGCUGAUAGUAUUAGAAGUUUUUUGUUUUAUUUAGCUGGGAAAUUGAGUUUUUUAAUUUUUAGAUGUAAAAUUGGUCUGUUUUUUGCUUUUUAUUUGCUGUUUUUUGAAGAUAUUAUAAUAGAUACUACAAUAGACCAAGGUUGUAGUGAUAGUGAUUACUUUUUUGAAAAGAUAGCUGGAAGCCGGAAAUCUUUAAAGAAUUGAGAACACUUUUCAAACUAACUACUAUGACAACGUAAGCUCUAAUGUAUUCAGCUGUUUUGAAGUUACAGCGUACUUUAUGAAGCCUGUAUUAAACAAAACUUUAUAUUAAUUUUUAUGUAAAAAUCAGGUAGUUUAUAAAGUAUGAAGAAAUAACUUUAUCCUUUUCCAGACAUUGCAACAUGGUUCUGGAAGAUGUGAAAGAGAUGUGGACCGAACUACCAUCAGGAAAAGGAAAGAAAAAGACCAAGCCGGUGGCCAAGGAUCGUUUCAUCUCCAAAAUGUUUUUGCGUGGUGAUUCCGUGAUCAUGGUACUGAAGAAUCCUCAGGCCAAGUAA